AUGCGGGGCUGGGCGCUGGUGGCCGCGCUGGUGGCCGCGCUGUGCGGGCCCGUGGCGAGCGGCGGGCGGCGGCGAGCGGCCAGCCUGGGAGAGAUGCUGCGGGAGGUGGAGGCGCUGAUGGAGGACACGCAGCACAAGCUGCGCAACGCCGUGCAGGAGAUGGAAGCUGAAGAGGAAGGGGCAAAAAAGCUGUCAGAAGUCAGCUUUGAAGACUUACCCCCCAACUACCACAAUGAGUCCAACACAGAAACCAGAGUGGGCAACAGAACUUUUCACACUCAUCAAGAAAUUGAUAAGGUUACAGAUAACAAAACUGGAGCAACAGUUCUUUCUGAGACCGUCAUUACAUCCAUAAGAGAUGAAGAAAACAAAAGGAAUCACGAGUGUAUCAUUGAUGAAGACUGUGAACCAGGGAAAUACUGCCAGUUCUCCACCUUGGAAUACAAAUGUCAGCUGUGCAAGCCCCAGGACACACCCUGCUCCAGGGAUGUGGAGUGCUGUGGGGAGCAGCUCUGUGUGUGGGGCCAGUGCAGCAGCUCCAAGGCCAGAGGGGAGAACGGCACCAUCUGUGAGAGCCAGCACGACUGCCAGCCUGGGACCUGCUGUGCUUUCCACAAAGAGCUGCUGUUUCCUGUGUGCACACCCCUCCCUGACCAAGGGGAGCCCUGCCAUGACCCUUCCAACAGGCUGCUCAACCUAAUCAGCUGGGAACUGGAGCCCGAUGGAGUGCUGGAGCAGUGCCCCUGUGCCAGUGGCUUGAGCUGCCAGCCCCAGAGCCACAGCACUACAUCUGUGUGUCAGCCGCCUGCCAAUGAAACCCAAGACACUGAAAGAGAAGAUCCCUUAGCCAUGGAUGAGAUGCCCUUCCUCAGCCUGCUCCCCCAGGAUCUCCUCUCUGACUACGAGGAGAGCAGUGUCAUUCGGGAAGUGCGCAGAGAAUUGGAAAGCCUGGAGGACCAAGCAGCCUUGAAGCCUGAGCCUGACUCAGCUCAGGAGCUGUUGGGAGAUGAAAUUUAAAGCCCAAGCGCCAGUUUAGUCAAUUCUUUCUAGAUUUUUUUUUUUUUUUUUGUUUAGUGUCUUGCUUCUCAGAACCCUGAACACACUGCUGGAUAGAAGUGCAAUAAACCAGGUCUUCAAGGAGCACCCUUCUCCGUGCACCAAACCUGCAUGUCCCAGCUGCUGUGGCAUUCAUUCAGCCCUGGAGCAAACCUUCUGCCAAAUGGGAACCAUGGCAGUGCUCUUCUGGAUCUAUACUUUCCCCUUGUACGUCAGAAAUAAACUUCCUAGUCCUUGUACUCAUUAAAAAAUACACACAAGCAUAAAUAAUUUUAAGUUACUAGGAAGUGUAGAAGUGACCUUUGAGUAGGGACAUUCAGAGCUGUUUUAUUUCUGUAGGGUAAGAACCAUCUACUCUGACACCGUUGCAGUCAUAGAUUUUUAAGGGAUUUUUAAAGGCAUUUUAGGGUUUUUUCUUUAGAAUUGGUUUGUGCUUUUAACACACUUCAUAGGCAUAAAGCUGUGCAUGUUACAAGAUGUG